AUGCUUGUCAGUUUUCCAUAUCUCUUACUAAUCAUUUGCCCGCCCUCUCCUCCAGCCCACAUCCUCGCUUGCACGCCUACAGGCCGGCACACGCCAUACGUGGGGAGCAGCAGCGACGGGAGCAACGACGGGCGAGGCAGCGAGGGGGAGGCAGCGAGCGGGAGGCAGCGAGGGGGAGGCAGCGAGGGGGGGGCAGCGACGGCUCUGCGCAGCGCGCUCUUACUCGAGGUGCCAUCUCUCCUCGUCGAGGUGCCUUCUUUCCUCGUCGAGGUGCCUUCUCUCCUAGUCGUGGUGGGAGUGUCAUACAACGCCGCGGCCAACGAGAUCACUGGACCGCUGCUCCUGAACACUGCUGCUCAACGCCUGCCGCCGAACGACUCCUGCCCAACGGCUGCUGCCGAACGACUCCUGCCGAUCGACUGCUUGCCAUCGGCUGCUGCCGAACGACUGACGCCAGGAGGAAUGGCGCCACUGCUGCCGCACCGGAGGAACUUAGCACACGGCAAGCAGCAAGACAGAGUAGGCCUGCCUGCCCUCCUCCCCACACCAGCAGCAGCAAGGCCAGGAGGCAACGCUGUUGCGCACUCAACGCAAGCGCAUGCAAAGGGAGGGGAGACGUGUGGGCGUGUGGCUGACGUGGACGGCGUGUGGCUGACGUGGACGGCUGCACCUGUGCGCACUGCUGGAGGGGCGGAGGCUGCUGCACCGCACCUGUGGGAUGGCGGCAGGGGGAUGACGCACGGCAGGCACCACUGCUGCCCUGCUGACCACUGCUCGCCUGUGGAGGAACGGCGAGGCGAGGAGGGAGAAGUGCCGCUGCUGGCGAGCGCGCGUGCAUGCAGCUUCGACCCCUCCUGA